GUAAUAUGGUCGUCAUGAGACUGUCUAGCUUGUUGGCCAUAUUCCUCUGUCCCAGCGUGCCAUUGGUCACCGCGGCAGUCCUCCCAGCGGUAUCCGACAGCUCAUCCGGGGCAGGUGUCGUCGACACGGGCUACGCGCGCUAUAGAGGAAACCACACGUAUCCGAAUUCAGUAGCGUACCUCGGUAUCCCUUAUGCCGAACCCCCGCUCGGCGAGCGGCGCUUCCGUGCACCGUUGCCUUUGAACACGACCCGUGUUCGACAGGAGGCAGGCGGUAGGGUCGUUGAUGCGAUGACGUAUCCGGACCAAUGCGUACAGGGGAGCACAGGUGCCGGGGACGCGGGAGGUGCAGGGAGCGAGGACUGUCUCAACGUGAACAUCUACGCGCCUGUGAACGCGACGAAAGACAGCAAGUUGCCCGUUUUGGUGUACAUCCACGGCGGAGGCUACGUUUUCGGCAAUCCGCGCGACUGGCCGUUCGACCACUGGAUUCAGCAAAGCCCGCAUGCGGUGGUGGUCUCGGUCUACUAUCGUCUCGACGCGUUCGGCUUCCUCAGCGUCCCCGAGCUCGGUGCCGCGGACCUCAACGCCGGAUUCCGCGACCAGAUCGAGGCGCUUCGCUGGACGCAAGCGCAUAUCGGUGCGUUUGGGGGAGACCCUGCUCGCGUCACUAUCAACGGCCAGAGCGCAGGCGGGUCCUCCGUCGAGCUGCACCUCGUCGCGCAUGAGGCGGCACAAGGCAAACCGCUUUUCUCUCAGGCCAUCGCGCAAAGCGUAUACAGGAUUCCCUUGCCAACGCCAGAGCAGCAACGGCCGCUGUUCGUGUACUUCGCGCAGACGGCAGGAUGCGGCGAAGGGCCUAUUUCGGCCCAGCUCGCGUGUCUCCGCCAGGCGCCAGUCAGUGUGCUGGCGCGUGCACAGGAUGACGCCUCGUUCUUCAGUGAAACCUUCCAGGGACCGUACAGAUCAUUCCACCCCGUCGUGGACGGUGAGGUCAUCACUGAUCUCCCCACGCGCUCGAUCCAACAAGGCAAUUUCGCGCGCGUCCCCUUGAUCGUGGGGUCGACGUCAAAUGAGACUCUGUCGUCAACCUCGGUGGACAUCAAGGUCGCGCUCAAGGCAUAUUUCCCAGCACUGGAUAAUGCCACGCUCGAACAGUACCUAGACAUAUACCCGCGCAGCGACUAUGAUUCUGACGCUCAGCGCCGUCAAGUCGCCACCGGCGAGUCCGAGCUCAUCUGCGCGAGAACGAUCAUAGGACAGGCCGCCGCCGUACAUAGCCCGACGUUCACGUAUCGGUAUAAUCAGCCCAACCCGACUUUGAACGACACGGUCACGGUGGGGCAUGCUGCGGAGAACUGGAUGAUGUUCAUGGGUACCAAUACCGGGUUCAACGGAUCGGCGACGUUUUCGCCGAUGACGCCCACUCAGACCGCGUUCGCGGAAGAACUCAUCGCGUAUUGGCUCUCCUUCGUCCGCGCGGGCAAUCCGAACACCUUUAAGCUGGCGCGGUCUCCCGUCUGGCCAUCAUACUCGAGCACCAGUCGUGAGCGCAUCGCGCUGCAGCAAGGCACGCCAGACACCAGCGGCAGCGAUGUAGAAGCGGAACCGAAGGCUGAGACUGCGCGCUGUGAGUUUGUGGCACGCCAGGUGGUGGAGCAGCAAAAUUAGACGAAUGAGGGGGAUGACGGCAUUCGGAAUUGAAACAGGUUCGGAACGAUGAUGAUCAUUGCUUCUCUUCGAUGCGCUGUCGUUGUGGUGGGUAUGUAUCAUUGGAUUUUGUGCAUUUGGAAUCGCGCUUGUAUCUCGGUUUGUAUAGUGGCCUGGGAGUUAGUGACUUCCACAUAUCUCCCUCUGCGCCAGGCUCGUCUGUUUAUGGUUUCUGUUUGUGCUGGUUGUGGAAUCGCUGUUCACGGCUGCCG